AUGGCCAUCACAUUGAGUCAACGGAUGAUGAUGGCCAGGGCACUAGUGAGGGAAAUGGGCCGUUCGUUUCUCGGCAGCCUGUUGGAAAACAGUUGGCCUGCAUUUUCUGAUCUUAUUGAUACGCACGCAUGUCCGAUGAUCGGUUCAGACUUCAGAGCUCACUCACCAGUCACCACUGGAUUCACAUUCACUCCAAACUCCGACGCAGCAGCUCGGAGAAAGAAGGGGUACUGGGUACAGCGUACAUGCAUAAACAAUGGAAGUUUGCGUCUUACCCCAUGCCGACUACUCGCCGUUACUUCGAGCGGCGAAAAAGUGCGCUCGCCUCGAAUCCCAAGUCUCUGCAGAUUGUUCAUCUGGUUGAAGCGGAGACCAGACAUCAGAGUCCUCUGCUUCCGUCGUGCGGUGCGCCAAGGCCCAAGGCUGGCUUCUCUCUUUGCGGGCGCAGACAAGGGGGCGACCGACGAAGGAAUGGACAGGAAGCUGAGGCCGCUGCCGCAGCCGGCGGUGAGGAGGGCCGCGUGGCCCGUCGGCCUGCUCGUCGCGCUAUGCUUCACGACGCUGCCGCUCUUCCUCGCGCUGUCACCCGGGCGGCCAACCCUGUUCGACGUGUGGCAGCAGAUCGGCAUCAGAGUAGUGGUGCACUACGAUGAUGAGCCGAAGCCGACGUCGGAGCCCUCGGAUUCGCCGCUGGAGAGCCUCGACAUCCUCCUCGGCGGUCUGCUCUCGCCGGACAUCAGCGAGAGCACCUGCCUGAGCCGGUACCUCUCCUCGCUGUACCGCAAGGCGUCGCCGCACUCGCCGUCGCCGUACCUCGUGUCGCGGCUGCGCAAGUACGAGGCGCUCCACCGCAGGUGCGGCCCCGGCACGCCCUUGUACGACAAGUCCGUGAGGCAGCUCGCGUCCGCCCACAACAGCAUGGGCCUCGCCGAGUGCACCUACCUCGUGUGGACGCCCGGCAACCACCUCGGCGACCGCAUGGUCUCCAUGGCGUCCGCCUUCCUCUACGCGCUGCUCACCCGCCGCGUCUUCCUCGUCGACAUGGCCAAGGAGCUGCCCCCGGGCUUCCCCGUGCACAACCUCACGCAGCUCCGCCGCGGCAGCGAGCAUAGCUACGGGAGCCUGCUGGGGGCCAAGAAGAUCAGCAACGAGGACCCCGUCGGCGUGCGGUCCGAGUCGCUGCCGUCGUACGCGUACCUCCACCUGGCGCACGACUACCAGCUGCCGGACCAGCGCUUCUUCUGCGACGACGACCAGACCGUGCUGGGGAAGGUGAACUGGCUGCUACUGCGCUCCGACCUCUACUUCGCGCCGGGGCUGUUCCUCGUGCCGCAGUUCGAGGACGAGCUCCGGUGGAUGUUCCCGGCCACGGACACGGUGUUCCACCACAUCGGAAGGUACCUGUUCCACCCGUCCAACAAGGUGUGGAAGAUGAUCCAGGGGUACUACACGUCGUACAUGGCCAAGUUCGAUGAGAAGAUUGGGCUUCAGAUCACGACCCUCACCUGGAACCCCGUGUCGACGGAGGCGUACUUCAACCAGAUCGCGGCUUGCACGAGCCAGGAGAAGAUCCUGCCCGAGGUAGAUCCCAAAGUAGCGUCGAGUGAGCACGAGGCGGCUGCGACGUCGUCCAAGGCGGUGCUCGUCAUCUCGGCGCAGCCGGAGUACGCCGAGAGGCUCAAGUCCAUGUACUACGAGCACACCACGGUCACCGGCGAGCCUGUCAGCGUGCUGCAGCCACCAGGAGCCGGAAACCAGCCGCAGAACCACAAGGUGCUGGUGGAGAUGUUCCUGCAGAGCUACUGCGACGUGUCCGUGGUGAGCGGGUGGUCAACGGUGGGCUACGUCGGCCACGGCCUCGCCGGGUUGAGCCCGUGCCUGCUACUGCCGCCGACGAACCAGACGGUGGCACACCCGCCCUGUGUCCGGGCAAUGUCCAUGGAGCCGUGCUUCCACGCGCCGCCGAGUUAUGACUGCAGGGCCAAGACAAACGGCGACCUCGGUGCCGUUCUCCGGUAUCUCAAGCGUUGCGAGGACGUAGAUGAUGGCCUUAAAUUGUUUGAUUGA